UAUAUAGGUAGAAUAUUCCAGAAAUCUGCAAACAUCUUGCCGUGGUAUUUGCAGCCCAGAUGAAGACGUUGUGAAAAUUCUUCAAAUGCUGAAGACAACCUAGAUGUGCCCAUAGAUGCUUGUGAUGACACUCUCUGAACAGUACAGAUAUGUUGUCCUACGUGUUCCAGACUGAAGCCCAGCUCUUCGCUCCUUCCCUCGUACCCUCUGCACGUUUAAACCCGCGCCUCCCCUGCGCCGCUCUUGUGCUGCCUCAGCUAUUACCGCCGUAGUGGGAGCCUCGCCAGCCGCCUCCACAGGCCGACGGUCUGCACUCGCGAGGGAGAGCAAACUCGACUGUCAAGCAGCCUAGAGCUGACACGACCUGGACCCUGGCCCGGUUUUCUUCUUCAGAGGACUGUUCUUGCCACCCCCUUUCGCCCUGGCACCGUGUGCGCAGCCCGUACACGGGAGGAGAUGGGUGCUUUCCUCUCUGUUUGCGGCGUACAGGAGUCUGCUGGGGGAACUCCGUCGCGACAAACUCACCGCGCUCCCCCUCAGGAACCCAGCGGAUGGGCGGGAAAAAGCGGCGCGCGCGCGCGUAAGCCCCUCGCUCACCUGAGGGAGCGCCUCUCGCCUGGCUCCUCCCCGGCAGGGCCUGGCCGCGGCUCCCGGACCCCCUCCCCCGCUGCAGGGGGUGGGCAGUCCGCGCUCGGCUCCAGGGGCUGUGGGCGGCUGCGAGCGUAGCUCGAAAGUGGCUGGAAUCCUUUUUCAGAGGGCGAGGCGGCUCGGGACGGCUAUAAUCCUUGGAUUAUCAUGGAGCCCUGUUUUACUGGUUUUAAGCAUGUGCAGCAGAACUAUGAAGUCACUCUUGAACUCGCAAGUCAGGAGACUCAAAAAGCUAAAAAUGGACAAAAUUCUAGGACGGGAUCUUACGGUGUCAGUAUUAGAGUCCAAGGAAUUGAUGGGCAUCCUUACAUAGUACUAAACAAUACAGAAGGACAUUUGUCAGAAAAUUCUGCUUCUGGAAAAGAACAGCAGGUAAUUCCUCAGACUGUAAGCAAGCCAGACACAGUCUCCAAUCCUGCCUCUAAGUUGGAGGACAAAAACAGUGAACACGCAAAGUUUUCUGGAACACAGCACAUACAACCCUGUAUGCUUAAAAGCCUAAAGAUAACCAGUCUGGAUGAAAAGGAAAACGGGAUAUCAGAUUUUAAAGAUGAAACAAUGAAAUCCUCCAAUCUAUUGAACUUUCAAAGACAUCCUGAACUUUUACAGCCUUAUGAUCCUGCAAAAAAUAGCUUGAACUUGGAUAAUUACCAGUCUUCUGUGUGCAGUACGUCUAUAUCUGCUGCAGAUGUAAAAACUGAAGCAAAGCCUUGGAUUUCCUCAUCUAAAGUAGUGCCUCUGCAGAAAACCAAUACACACCUUGCAGAGCCAGCCAAAGCAAAUUCAAAAAAGGUACAUGUGAACAGGUCAGUAGAAGAUCAAAAUAAGCAGCUGCUGGAUUGUCACAGUAGCAUGAUCUGCCCCAAUGAAGUGUGUGUUUCAGAAUCAUUUCCAUCUGCAAGAGCAUCCCCAUGUGUUAGUCCCACUGCUUGUCUGGAGACAAGAAAACCCAGACCAGAUGUACUUCCUUUCCGCAGACAAGAUUCAUCUGGGCCAUUAUUGGAUGACUCAAGAAGAUCCUCUUCCUCAUCGGCUACUCCCACUUCUGCAAAUUCCUUGUACAGAUUUUUACUUGAUGAUCAGGAGUAUGCCAUCUAUGCAGACAACGUUAAUCGUCAUGAAAACAGAAGAUAUAUCCCAUUUUUGCCUGGAACUGGUCGUGAUAUUGACACUGGUUCACUUCCAGGAGUAGAUCAGCUGAUUGAAAAGUUUGAUAAGAAAGUUGAUCCUCACAGGAGAGGUAGGUCAGGAAAAAGAAAUAGAAUUCAUCCAGAUGAUCGUAAAAGAUCAAGAAGUGUUGAUAGUGCCCUGUCAUUGAGGCUUGAUGUCAAUUCAGAUUGCUUAGGCGAUUUCAGUAAAGGCUUGGGUAAGUCAACUGAGCACUUGCUGAGACCAUCUAAAGUUUGCCUUCACAAGCAGUUAUCUAAAGAACAAAGGUCACCCUCUAAAGAGAUGAAGAUUUCUGCUCGAAGUAUUGGAAAACUGCCAUUGCCUGAUAAAGACACUCAGAACAGCAAUUUCAGUUCUUUGCAAUAUCAUAAACAAAAUGGAGCUGAUAGUGAGAGCUCAAUAUUUAGGUCAUCUACGCUCCCAGGACAGAAUAAGAGAGAGGAAGCUAGAACAGUAACUUCUACGUUGUUGCUGCCAAAUCGAAUCACAAUUCCACCUGACUCGGGAGCCAAGGUUAUUUCUGUAAAAACAUUUUCAUCUGCCCAUAAUGUACAGGCAACUCCUGAUCUCUUAAAAGGCCAGCAAGAUCUUGCACAGCAAACAAAUGAAGAGACUGCUAAACAGAUACUUUACAAUUACCUCAAGGAAGGAAGCGCUGAUAAUGACGAUGCAACAAAGAGGAAAGUCAACUUGGUUUUUGAGAAAAUUCAGACGUUAAAGUCAAGAGCUGCUGGAAAGACGCAGACUUCGGAUUCCUCGUCUGAAGUAAAAGCAUUGACGGAACAGAAAGCAGAACUUGAAAGGAAAGUGGAAGAAUUAGAGAAAAAACUGGAUCUAGAAAUUCGGAAUCAGCAGAAUUCCAAAGAAGACAGAGAUGCUACACAAGCAAGCCUGAAAGAACUUCAGUUGCAACUUGAUGAAAGUAUACGUGAAAAAGAAGCUUUAAAAAAACAGCUGGAUGAAAAUGAGAAGGAACUCAGGCAAAACCUAGAGGAGCUUUUUCAAGUAAAGAUGGAGCAGGAGCAGCACCAAACUGAGAUCAGAGAUCUUCAAGACCAACUGUCUGAGAUGCAUGAUGAACUGGAUAAUGCAAAACAUGCUGAUGAAGGGGAGAAAGAGGUUCUGCUUGAGGAGCUGAUGCAAAUGAAGCAGGAUCUGCAGGAAAUAUUAAUAGCAAAAGAUCAGCAAGAAGAGAUUUUGAGAAAAAGAGAGAGAGAACUUACAGCUUUAAAAGGAGCACUAAAAGAAGAAGUAUCUAGCCAUGACUUGGAGAUGGAUAAACUGAAAGAGCAACAUGAUAAAGAAUUGCUCAAUCUACAGAAGAGCCUGGAGGAAGCAACAGAGAGUGCUGCAGUCCUUGCCAGUGAAAGAAACACUGCACAAGAAGUGCGAAACAGUAUGGAAAAUCAAGUCAAAGAGCUGACUGAGGAAAAUGAACAGCUGAAGAGAACAGUUGAUGAGCUCGAGAGUAAAAUUGAAGAGUUGCUCAAACAAAUUGAUAAUAUGAAAGAAGAAGAAAAUUCACUGAAAGAAAAUGUAAAAAUAUAUGAGGGAGAGAAACAACUACUAGAAGAAGCUUUGAAACAGGCUGAAAAAGAGACAAAAGACUUGGCAGGGCUAAAAAGCUCUUUGGAAAGCCAACUAGAAGAUAUGCAGGGAAGAAUCCAUUGUAUUUCACAGGAGUGGCAACAGUUAACUCAGCAGUUAAAAGACGAAACUCAUCAGAAGGAACAAUUAAAGCAGAUGAAGAAUGAAGUGGAGAUGGAACAAAGACAACUGAACAAAACCAUUGAGAAGUUACAGAAAGAGAUGUCUGAAAUGGUAGAGGUCUCAAGAGCAUCAACUCUGGAACUUCAGAACCAGCUGGACGAAUACAAGGAGAAAAGUCGCAGGGAACUUGCAGAUGUGCAGAGACAAUUAAAAGAGAAAAACCUUGAGGUAGAAAAGUCACGUCUGACAACCAUGAGGAUGCAAGAUGAGGUGCGUCUUAUGGAGGAAAACUUAAGGGACCACCAGAGAGCUCAGGAUGAGGCAAUAACUAAAACUCAGUUGCUAGAACAGACUGUGAAAAGCUUGGAGUAUGAACUGGAAGCCAAAAACCACUUAAAAGAUGAUCGAGCAAGACAAAUCAAACUAAUGGAGGAGAAGUUAUCUCACCUGGAACUUGAGCUUGAUGAAGAGAAGACUAACUCUGAUUUGUUAUCUGAGAGGAUUGGUAGAUGCAGAGAACAGAUUGAACAAAUGAGGACAGAGCUACUUCAGGAAAGAGCUAUAAAGCAAGAUUUGGAGUGUGACAAAAUUUCAUUGGAGAGACAGAACAGAGACUUGAAGAGCCGAAUCCUUCACCUGGAGGGUUCUUACCGAUCUAGUAAAGAGGGACUUGUUGCUCAAAUGGAAGCAAGGAUCACAGAGCUAGAAGAACGACUUGAAAAUGAAGAGAGGGAUAGAGCUAAUUUCCAACUUAGUAACCGCAGACUUGAGAGAAAAGUGAAGGAGUUAAUGUUGCAAGUAGAUGACGAGCAUCUCUCGCUGACCGAUCAAAAGGACCAGUUGAGUUUGCGUCUGAAAGCAAUGAAGCGUCAAGUGGAAGAAGCUGAAGAAGAAAUAGACAGACUGGAAAGUGCUAAAAAGAAACUCCAGAGAGAACUGGAAGAGCAGCUAGACAUCAAUGAGCAGUUGCAAGGACAGCUCAAUGCUGUGAAGAAGGAAUUAAGUAGACUGAAGAAGUCACCAAGUAAAGUGUUGGCUGAUUCUGAUGAUGAUGACGAUGAUGAUUUCAGCACGGAUGGGGAUAGUCUCUGUGAAGUACCUUCAGGAAAUACCUUUUCCAAAGAUGAUGACACAAAAAUCUAAAUAAUUAUUGAAUCUGUGAUUCCUUGAAAGUACUGGAAGAAUAACAUAAAUUAUCAAGGAACUGGAUUUUCUAUAAGCCAAAUGACAUAAAGGGAUUUAAGAGUUGGGAAUAUACUGUUUCCAUCCACACUGUGCCAUUUUGUUAUUUAGAUCUCCACUGUUCAUUAUAGAAAACAGAAUUGCCUUAUAAAACACUGAAAUAUCUAUAUAUAAUUGCUACUGAAAACAUGGGCAUAAUUGUUUCACAUUGGAAGUGUGAUUUUACUAAAAUUCUCUUUAAGUAAAAAGCCAUUUGAAAGUAAUCAAAAGUUAGUUUGUAGUUAUUAAAAGCUUUUCCCUAAAUUAAGGAAACCACAGAAAAUUAUUUAAUAACUGUAAGUAGGGGGAAAUUCUGUAUAAAAUGUAAAUACUUUAAAGUUGAUCUUUUGCUUGACUACUUUAGUACUCUUUUGUAAAGUUUCUAAUAUUAUAUAAAUCAAUUUUAUGUGUAAAGUACUGAAGUUUAUACUGAAUGCUAUAUUUAGGUUUUAACUAAGAAAGCAAAUGAAAAUUAAUACAUUUUGUGCAUUAUUGAGCAGAUUCACAGUUCCGGAGUGAGAAAGUACCUUCCCAUUUUAAAAGCAUUGCAAAGUUUUAUUGUAUGUAUUCUGUAUAUUGGAAAGCAAAUAUUAGUCUUGCCUGUUGACUUCAAAGGGACCAUCACUUGAUGAAAUAAGUUUCCUUACAGCUUUCUUGUAAACUUUGUUUGGAAAGCUUUCUGUUCUUACUAGGGAAAGGUGAGAGUGAGGUCAGUUGUUACUUGGAUCUUUCAAUUCCUGAAAUGGAAUCCAUAAUCUCAGAGGCAGAACUUUAUCACAGGCCUGCUGAUUUGAGGAUGCCAGCACAGGCUUAUCUUAAAUUCUCUAUGGAGUCCCAUUCAUUCCAAUAACAUAAUUUCUGGUCUUCUAAGUACAUGAUUAAAUCUGUUUGUUAAGUGAUCCUAAAAUUUUAUGCACCUGACAAGAAAUUGCACCAAGGAAACACAAAACAUGUAAUCUGAUUUUUCUUUCUAAGCUGCUCUUGAGCAUCUGUUAGUGACAUAGUGCAGUGUAUGGUCGUAUCAUAUUUCAUUUUACAGAAGUAUCUGCAUUUUGAGUGCAAGAAAUUUUAUUUUAAAAA